AUGCAUGUCAAAGUGGAAGCUUUUAAGAUUGGCAUAAGAGAAAAUGAUAUCAGUAAGAUGCUUGUCAAGUAUCCUUGGAUUGUUUCUCCAAGCAUACUGGAGAAUUUUGAGGAAAUUGUUGAUUUCUUUGAUGAUGAGAAGGUCCCCAGAAUUUCAACUGCCAGUGCAAUCAAGAACUGGCCACAUAUUCUAGGAUGUUCUGUAGACAAAAUAGAGCUAAUGGUGGAACAGUUCAGACGAAUGGAUAUUAGAAAGAAGAAGUUGGGUCAGGUUAUCGCUAAAAGUCCACAAUUACUACUUCGCAAGCCUGAGGAGUUUGAUCAGGUUGCUUUCUUUCUUGGUGAAAUACGUUUGGUGACUUAA